AAUGCAAACUUUGAAAGGAAAUGUUAUUUAUGGGUGGGUCGGAUUGAAAUAAUAUUUUUAGUUGGAAACUUUAACCAACUUUAGAAAUUUAAAUUAUUGUUCGUUAAAAACUUGAUUGGAAAAUAUUUUGAUUGAGAAGAACUAUAAACGGCCCACAGUGGUGGAAACAAUGCAAUUUAAAGUUGGUGGAAUGGAUCAAAUAGAUAAUGAUCCGUCUUCCUCCAGGAUCGUUUCCCCAGAGGAAGCGGAAGAAGUAGGAGGACUGCUUCCGGACGUUGUGUUAGUAGCGGAGGGUUCUGCAGAAGAAGUUGAAGAUGAGGGGGACGAGGUUCAACUUCCGGAAGAAUUGGAAGAGGAUGAAUUUGGAAAUCAUGAAAUAUCCGUUUUGAGCCGACAACUUGAUCAGCUACAGUCUGUCCUAGACGAAAUUGAAUCUCGGAAUGACAACAUCCAUAAAGAAUUGUUGGAAAUUUUAUAUUCUAAUCGUGAAGUGAGGAAAACGCUGAGUGCUGAAAAUCAAAAUACAAAUAAUACUGAACCAGCUGUGGUAUCCAGUUCUUCUGAUGGCGGUGAAUCUUCACCCUCAAUAAAUAGUGCAGUAGAGCAAUCUACUAAUGAACUCAGUAAUGACACGAUGGAUUUACUCAAGCUGGUCAAGACAGUGACGGAAGAAAUUGAUAAGCUGUAGUUUAACUAGUGAAAGAGUAAUAAUUGUGUAUGUAGUCACAUCUUUCUUACAAUUAGAUUGAUGGAAAUAUAAUGUUUUUGUAUUUUGAAUGUACUAGUCACUAGUACAUAAUUGAAUUACUAGUCAGUGUCAAAAUAGUGCAUAGUCAAAUACGUCAAUAAUUAGUUAUGCAGUUUGAAAAUUUCAUUCCAAUAUUAUUCAUGUUCCAUUUUCAGUAACAUUCCGUAUUUAUCUCACUAAAGAAUCUGGAUUUCUUUUUUCAUAUCUUGAUAUAAUAGUGACAUAUUAUAAUAUGUUUCAGAAUUGUUUGCUGGCCGAGUGAUAAUAAUGUUAGUAAAGCAAAUAAAUGUAUUGGUGCUGAAAAAAGCAA